AUGUCUCCUCGUAACACCUACCAAUCCGCUAUGGGCAAGCAAGCGAUGGGCAUAUAUCUUACCAACUUCCUCAUUCGCAUGGAUACCAUGGCCAACAUUUUAUACUACCCCCAAAAACCUCUCGCCACUACUCGAUCCAUGGAAUAUCUCAAAUUUCGGGAGCUACCAGCUGGACAAAAUGCCAUCGUAGCUAUUCUGUGCUACAGCGGAUACAAUCAGGAAGAUUCCGUCAUCAUGAACCAGAGCUCUAUUGACCGAGGAUUAUUCCGGAGUAUCUACUAUCGAAGCUAUAUGGACGUGGAAAAGACCAACGGCAUACAAUCACUAGAGUAUUUCGAGAAGCCCAUGCGAGAGAGCACACUUCGGAUGAAGCACGGCACGUACGACAAGUUGGAAGACGAUGGUCUCAUUGCCCCAGGUACCGGUGUGGUUGGAGAGGAUAUCAUUAUGGGGAAGACUGCACCUAUUCCUCCAGAUAGUGAGGAGCUUGGUCAGCGUACCCGAAUGCAUACGCGACGAGACGUAUCAACGCCGCUGAAGAGCACAGAACUGUUGGUCACUACGAAUUACGAGGGUCACAAGUUCGUCAAAGUUCGAGUUCGGUCCACCCGUAUCCCUCAAAUUGGAGACAAGUUCGCUUCAAGGCAUGGUCAGAAAGGUACUAUUGGCAUCACCUAUCGACAAGAAGACAUGCCCUUCACUUGCGAGGGCAUUGUGCCGGAUAUCAUCAUCAAUCCUCAUGCCAUUCCGUCCCGUAUGACAAUCGGGCAUUUGGUCGAAUGUCUGCUUUCCAAAGUGGCAACGCUUAUUGGAAAUGAAGGAGAUGCCACUCCUUUCACAGAUCUUACUGUCGAGUCGGUUUCGACCUUCUUGAGGCAGAAAGGUUAUCAGUCUCGGGGGCUCGAGGUGAUGUACCACGGGCAUACGGGACAUUCACUCUCGUGCUCGAGGGCCGGUGCAAAUCCUUACAAGACAACCUGUGGAGGGUAG